UUACACUUGUCAUUUCUUCUCCUGUCCUGGGAUCUCAAUUUGUCUCUCCUUCUCUUCUUCUUCUGCUCUUUCGAUUCUCUUCUGAAACCUUGUUGUGUCGAACGCCUAUCCAUUGUUAUCCACCCCGUGGCUACUUACAACCAUGACAUUCCUUCCGAGCAACGGUGGUCUUCACGGUUUUCAGUUCACCUUCGAGACUUACCUAGAUUCCUCCUCACAAAAAAUCGAGGCUGACUCGGACCACUCUAGCCCUAGCCGUGACAUUUAUGACUCCGUUUCCCUUUCAGAGAGCAUCUCCAAGUACGAGGAAGAAUUUGGGAGAACAUAUCAUUCCUAUCGCGCAGGGUCUUACCACUACCCCAAUGACCCUACCGAGACUGAGCGUCUAGAUGACCAAUAUGAAAUCGCCAAGGAGUUGAUGGAGGGUCGCAACUACUUUGCCCCCUUCUCCCGCAAAAACCCUCCAAGAAAGGUGUUGGACAUCGGUACGGGUACGGGCACAUGGGCCAUCGACAUGGGCGAUGAGUUCCCCGAGGCUGAGAUUAUCGGGACCGACCUCUCACCUGUCCAACCCGAUCUCGUUCCGCCAAACGUCCGAUUUUUCGUGGAAGAUUCAUCCGACGAAUGGAUUUAUCCCACCAACUACUUCGACUACAUCCACACCCGAUACACCCUCGGUUGCUGGUCAGACAUGAAGUCCCAGAUCAUCCAACGGGCAUUUGACCACCUAAAACCGGGCGGGUGGCUCGAGUGCCAGGAGCUCAAUGUGCUCCCGGUAUGCGAUGAUGGUAGCAUGACGGACGACUACAAGCUGCUGCAGUGGGCUCGUGACAUGGACGCUGCCUCCAGGGCUGCGGACCGACAGCUGGUCAUCGGUGAUGAUAUCAAGCAGUGGCUGGGGGAUGUUGGGUUCGUGGAUGUGCAGCAGAUGGUGUUGAAACUGCCCGUGGGUGGAUGGGCUAGGGAACCACGGCUAAAGCAUCUUGGAAUGCUAUGGCAGAGGAACCUGUCAGGCGGACUGGGUGGAUUGAGUGUUGGGUUGUUGCAUCGGUUUGGUGGAAAGACGAUAGAACAGGUUGAGGUCGAUCUGGUAGGCGUACGCAACUCCAUGUUCGACAGGAAUGUCCAUGCAUACAUGAAGAUUUAUAUUGUCUGGGGCCGAAAACCAGAUGUCAUCUCAUGAGGCAGGCAAGUCAAAAGGCAAAAAAGAAAAAGCACGAAUGUUUCCAACAACGAAUUGUUCACUCCGUCAUUCACUCCAUUUCUGUGGUUUCAACACAAGGGACUCAUC